CGCACGUGGAUGUUUGAUGUACAUAUUUCAUUAAUUGUUAAUUAGUUACUUAAAGUUAAAAUGUCUGUGCCUGAUAAAGUGUUAAUGCGAAAGAUUAGGAACCGGGAAAAGAACAAGUUGAAGAUUUUGAAAGAAAAAGAACUCCAAAAACAGAAUGAUGAGAAAAAUGAAGAGGAAAACAAUAAGUCAACAUUAAAAAAAGGAGUUAAAAGGCCAGCAGAAGAGCAUUCAGUCAAAAAAAAAAAGAAAAAGAAGAAUAAGGUAAAAGUACAGGAAACUCAAGAAGAUGAAGUUAGUGAUGCAGAACAAGUAAAGACUGUUGCUUCUGAGAAAGAUGAAAAUGAUGAUGAACAGAAAGAUGGUAAGAAUAACGAGCAGGACUCGGAUACACAGGAAGGAGUAGAAACUGAACCUAUAGAAAAAUUGCCAGGUUCAUCUAUAGGUUUAGCAAUUACUACAGAUAGAUCUUUUGAAACACUCAAAGAUAAAGUUUGUGAAAGUACUUUGAAAGCUAUUGCUGAUAUGGGUUUCACUCAUAUGACUGAAAUUCAAGCAAAAUCCAUACCACCACUUCUUGAAGGCAGAGAUCUUGUUGGUGCUGCAAAAACUGGUUCAGGAAAGACUUUAGCUUUUCUUAUUCCUGCAGUCGAACUGAUAUAUAAACUCAAAUUUAUGCCUCGUAAUGGAACUGGAUGUAUCAUUCUGUCACCAACACGUGAAUUAUCAAUGCAAACAUUUGGUGUGCUAAAGGAAUUGAUGAAGUACCACCAUCAUACAUAUGGCCUAAUAAUGGGUGGAACUAGCAGACAAACCGAGGCCCAGAAAUUAGCAAAUGGUAUUAAUAUUAUUGUAGCAACUCCAGGAAGAUUGUUAGAUCAUUUACAAAACACUCCAGACUUUUUGUUCAAAAAUCUACAGUGUUUAGUUAUUGAUGAAGCUGAUAGAAUUUUAGACAUUGGUUUUGAAGAGGAGCUAAAGCAAGUUAUUAACAUAUUACCAAAAAGGAGAUUAACUAUGCUAUUUAGUGCCACUCAGACGAAAAAAAUUGAAGCAUUGACGACUUUAGCUUUGAAAAAGGAACCAUUCUAUGUUGGAGUAGACGAUGAUAAAGAUAAAGCGACAGUUGAAGGCUUAGAACAAGGAUACGUUGCUUGCCCAAGUGAAAAGAGAUUCUUGUUGUUGUUUACAUUCUUAAAGAAAAACCGGAAUAAGAAAGUCAUGGUUUUCUUCAGUUCUUGCAUGUCUGUUAAAUACCAUCAUGAACUUUUAAAUUAUAUAGAUUUGCCAGUUAUGAGUAUUCAUGGAAAGCAAAAACAAACCAAACGAACAACAACUUUCUUCCAAUUUUGUAAUGCCACAAGUGGCAUUCUUCUUUGUACUGACGUUGCUGCCAGAGGUCUUGACAUUCCUGAUGUUGAUUGGAUCGUCCAGUACGAUCCUCCCGAUGAUCAGAAGGAAUACAUUCACAGGGUUGGUAGAACAGCUCGUGGUGAAGGUAGUAGCGGUCACGCACUGCUGAUACUUCGUCCUGAGGAGCUUGGUUUUUUACGCAUUUUGAAAGCAGCUCGGGUGCCUGUCAAUGAGUUUGAAUUCUCAUGGAAUAAAAUUGCUGAUAUUCAACUUCAGUUGGAGAAGUUGAUAUCGAAGAACUACUUCCUAAACAUGUCGGCGAAGGAGGCGUUCAAAGCGUACGUGCGCGCGUACGACUCGCAUCACCUCAAGACCAUCUUCGACAUCAAUACGCUCGACCUCAGCCAGGUCGCCAAAUCCUUUGGAUUUGCCUCGCCACCAGCCUGCGAUUUGAAAAUCGGUGUAAGCAAAGAAUCCAGACCACGUAAGAGAUUGGGUGGUGGUGGUUACGGCUACUUUAAACAGCUCAACAGCGAGCAACCUGGUGUUGUUAAACGUAUGCAACGCACCAAGACGUUCCGGACCGUUGGCAAGCGGCAUUCAACCGAUCGCAGACAAUUCACGAGAUGAAUGGACGAUCGGGAGGAGUAGCGAUUUUGUACAGAUGGUCAAUGAUUAUUGAUUGAAAUAUUUUUAUUUUAAAGAAUGCUUCUUUAAUUUGUGUGAACAAGAAAUGUAGGUACCAAGUGACACUCUGAUUAUUAUAUUGGAUAAAUAGUUUUUCCAUAGUUAUUUCAUGGGGUUACUUUUUCGAUGUAUCCGUGGGACAGAUUUCCUUUAUAAUUUCUUGAAAUAGAGUACGAUUCAUUAUUUUUGACAAAGUUAUAUAUAAACAUAUA